UUCGUUGCCCUACGCCGUAACGGUCAAACCGGAGUAUGUAGAAGUAAGACCACUCGAAGCCGCCGCUCGUAUCUCUCUCGCGGCAGUCCCAUUCCAGUUCACUCGCCACUUCACCAGCAACCGAAAACGACGCCGUCGCACGUAUCAGGGAGGCCGAAACAUGUUGCAGAACAAGUCAUUCGUCAAGAGAACCAGAGGCGGCAAAAUCACCAAGGUCGUGAGAGAGCACUAUCUCCGGCACGAUAUUUACUGUGGAGCUCCGGUUUGCAAAGUUUGCGAUACGUCCGGAGCUCGAUUGAGCCCUACCGCUUCCACCAUUCUCAUCUUCGACACCAAUGUCGUCCUUCACCAGAUUGAUUUGAUUGAGAAUCCGGCAAUAGACGAUGUGGUUGUGCUUUCGAUUGUGUUGGAAGAGGUUAAAAACAGGAACUUGUCUGUUUACAAUAGAGUUAGAGCUCUGUGCAGCAAUUCUUUGAGGAAAUUUUUCGUCUUUUCGAACGAACACCACAAGGAUACUUACGUUACAGACAUGAGCGGAGAAAGCAAAAAUGAUCGAAAUGAUAGAGCAAUUCGGGUAGCUGCUCAAUGGUAUCAAACUCAUCUUGCUGGUUCAGCUAAGGUUUUACUUAUAACCAAUGAUAAAGAGAAUAAGAGGAAGGCUAUUGAAGAGGGAAUUUCUGCAGAGACAGUUGAAUCAUAUGUGAGGUCAUUGAGUAGGCCAGAAUUGCUCGACCUUCUCGUGCAGCCUGCAUCCGAAGAUGUAAAGAUGGAGGACACUGAAGAUUUGAGACCAUCAAAAAGGAAAGUCAUCUACUCAGAGCAUAAGCCCAUGUCUGAAAUUACUUCUGGCUUGCAUCGUGGCAUAUACCAUCAAGGAAAACUUCGAGUUAAUCGUUACAACCCCUUUGAAGCAUAUGUUGGAAGUGAGAGCAUUGGUGAUGAAAUUAUAAUAUAUGGACGUACAAAUAUGAAUAGGGCUUUUGAUGGUGAUAUAGUGGCAGUUGAGCUUCUGCCGCAAGAUCAAUGGCAUGAGGAGAAGUCUCUAGCUUUAGCAGAUGAAGAGGAUGAGGAAGAAGAUGUUCAUCUGGUUCCAGGCAGUGCUGAUGAUGCUCCUAGGACUAUAGCUGCCCAAGGCUCUGCUGGAGUAACAGAACCUGUCCAAAAUCGACCAUCUGGCCGUGUUGUUGGUAUUAUAAAGCGGAAUUGGCAUUCUUAUUGUGGAUCUUUGGAGCCCAUGGCUAAGCCUGCGGGUGGUGGUGGUAUUGCCCAUGCUUUAUUUGUCUCAAAAGAUCGAAGGAUUCCAAAGAUUCGAAUUCAAACUCGACAGCUUGAGAAUCUGAUGGAUAAGAGAAUUAUUGUGGCAGUUGAUUCAUGGGACCGUUUGUCUCGGUAUCCUUCUGGCCAUUAUGUACGAACCAUAGGAGUAAUAGGUGAUAAAGAUACUGAAACUGAGGUGGUCUUGAUUGAGAAUGAUAUAAAUACAAGACCAUUUUCUUCUCAAGUUCUUGCAUGCUUGCCACCGCUACCAUGGUUUGUGUCUUCUGAAGAUUUGGCAAAUCCUAUUAGACAGGAUUUGCGACAAUUGCGUGUCUUUAGUGUUGAUCCUCCUGGAUGCAAGGAUAUUGAUGAUGCAUUGCACUGUACAGCUCUGCCAAAUGGAAAUUAUGAAGUUGGAGUCCAUAUUGCUGAUGUAACAAAUUUUGUACACUCGGGAACUCCUCUUGAUGAUGAGGCUUCACAAAGAGGCACAUCGGUCUACCUUGUUGAACGGCGCAUUGACAUGCUUCCAAAACCUCUGACGGAAGAUAUAUGUUCUCUUCGAGCUGAUGUGGAAAGGCUAGCUUUUUCUGUUAUUUGGGAAAUGACAGCUGAAGCUGAGAUCAUUUCUACAAGAUACACCAAAAGUGUGAUUAAAUCAUGUGCAGCAUUAUCUUACAUUGAAGCUCAAGCGAGGAUGGAUGAUAGUCGGUUGAUGGAUCCAUUAACUACAGAUUUAAGAAACAUGAACUCUUUAGCAAAGAUAAUGAGGGCAAGGCGUAUUGAGAGAGGAGCCUUAACUCUUGCAUCUGCUGAAGUCAAAUUUGAAAUUGACACAGAGACUCAUGAUCCUCUUGAUAUCGGUAUGUACCAGAUUCGUGAAGCAAAUCAAAUGGUGGAGGAGUUUAUGCUUGCCGCUAAUGUUUCAGUUGCUGAGAAAAUUCUUAAACAUUUUCCUCUAUGUUCACUAUUGAGGCGGCAUCCUUCUCCUACCAGAGAGAUGCUUGAACCAUUGUUGCGUACAGCUGCAGCUAUUGGUCUGAACUUGGAUGUCUCAUCAUCAAAGGCACUAGCUGAUUCACUUGACUCUGCUGUGGGUAAUGAUCCGUACUUCAACAAGCUGAUUCGGAUUUUGGCUACAAGAUGCAUGACCCAGGCUGUUUACUUCUGUAGUGGGGAUCUUAGCCCUCCAGAAUAUCUUCACUAUGGGCUUGCAGCAUCUCUAUACACUCAUUUCACCUCUCCUAUUAGGAGAUAUGCAGAUGUCAUAACACACAGGUUGCUUGCUGCAUCUUUGGGGAUAUACAAGCUUCCAACUAUAUUCCAAGAUGGACCCAGACUCACAAGCAUUGCUGACAAUUUAAAUUAUCGGCAUAGGAAUGCCCAGAUGGCAAGUCGGGCCUCAGUGGAGCUCCAUACUGUCAUUUUUUUCAAAAAGCGGCCGACAGACACAGAGGCAAGAAUAGUCAGAAUACGAUCCAACGGAUUUUUCGUAUUUGUGCCCAAGUACGGCAUAGAAGGGCCGGUGUACUUGACCCCAAGGGGUGAGAAGGGGGGCGGAGAAUGGUAUGUAGAUGAGCAACAACAGAAGAUUAGAAAAAUGGACGGUAGUAUUUCAUACAGCGUUAUGCAGACGGUGUUUAUUCACAUGGAGAUUGUGGAACCCCAGCCCAACAGGCCAAAACUCCAACUAUCGCUAGUGUAGACCAGCAACUUUGCCUCUCCCCAGUACCCUCCUUUAAGAUGAGAAAAGUGUCUGGAAUGGUGGCGUGAGCCAGGAGCUUGGUUCUAACCAUCUUGGGCAGCGAAGAUAUGUCACGGGACACACAUUGAAAUAUUGUAUAGUUUCAUUUAGUACAGUUUGUUUUACUGCGUGAACUUAAGGUGUGAGUAAGAGUUUUGGUAAUCGGGUGUAGAGCUGAGAGGUUAGCAGCAGUCUGCGAGUUAAAGACGGGAUGCCGUCGAAACAGUGCUGUGUUUUGUGCACAAAAUUUGCAUUCAAGAGGUGUAAUUCAAACUGUUUUUUCCCAAGGUAUCACUUUUAUCUGUUACUUGUUUCUUCCGGCCCAAAUUAUUUUGUGGAAUGCUUGAGUAUAAAUUUUGAGGAGGUUUAAUCA